GUGUGGCAAUGCAAAUACUUCAUGCGAAAAGAUACGAAAAAGAUCCAAAACUGAACAUACUGAAUUACAAACACCAGACUGCACUUCUAAACCCGAAAGGAACAAAAAAUCAAAGUUACGUAAAACUCAGGCUCACAAAGAUUCACCCGAAUUAGCCCAAGAGAUUUCUGAGAAGAAUGACACAGAUCAUAUUCAGAAAAACUCUAUACCCAGCAGCAAAAACAGCAGUGACUAUAUCUGUACAACGUGUGAUCGUUCGUUCCAACGAAAAGGUCAACUCAAAAACCAUUUGAGAAGCCAUCAGGAACACGUUGCCGAGGAUCUUUCGAUUGACAUGGAAACAAUCCGUUUGUCUCAAUUGAGUAGAUUGACGAUCCAGUUGCCGGGCAUUGAUGGCAUUGCAGAAACUGUAGAAGAAAAGGAAAAUGUUAAAGGCGCUAAACUAACCGUCCACCAAUGCAAGAUAUGUUCGAAGCAACUCAAAUCACAUCAACGGCUUCACAACCACAUGAGGAAUCAUCAACCUAAGGAACACGUGUGUAAACACUGCGGAUUUUCGUUUGGUCGAAGAGACAAUUUGCAGCGACAUCUGAAGACUCACACAAAAUCAAUUUUCGAUAGACCAGAACGAGCAGAAUCGGGCGAAACUCUUUCAGAUGAGGAUGUUCGUUCAAAGGAAAACGAAUCAGAUCGCAGCUCAGCAAUGGGUUGUAAAUCCGAUAAAGACAAUCCCUACAUCGGUAGGCUGCAACCGUUUCAGUGCAACGAGUGCUAUAGGGAGUGCAAAACUGCCCAAAACUUACGCUAUCAUAUGAGAGCUGUGCAUGGUCCUAAAAACCAUGUUUGCCUUACCUGUGGAGUUCGGUUCAGUAAAAAGAACAAUUUGAAAAAGCAUCUACGCACCAAGACUCAUUUGAACAUGUUGGUUAACAAUUCGCUUCAGAACAAACUGUCGGUUACUAUAAAGGAGGAUGAUGACGAGCAAAUGGUACCCACAAAAUCAAAGAAAACUCAAACUGCAUCGCUUGAAACAUCGGCAAUGGACGAAAGGUCACAUUCUUCCGGAACAAAAAUCGAAAAUGAGAUCGGUCAAAAAGAAAGCAGCGCGCCCGUUGAGAACAGUGUGGAUUCCGAAGGACGUGCCUCAACUGCUUCAAAUGCAACUGAUCAAGAGGGAUAUCUUUGCUUGAUUUGCAACCGAUCGUUCAAUCGACAAAGUAAGCUGACCAACCACAGAAGAGUUCAUGAAGAGCCGCCCUCAAGUGCGGGUGAGGAUGAAGAGUGAUUGAAUUAUUGUAUUCUUAUAAGCUCAAGCAUUUUAGUGCAAUUCAUUGAUUGCCAUGCCAAAAAUGUAAUUGAACUAGAGACAUUUGUAGAGUACUCUGCUCUUCGAAAUAUAACUUCAGUGGGGUUGCAGAAACAAUAGUAGUGCCUUAUUUUAAAAUUUAUUAGCAUAAGGAUCUCGGAAUCGAAAAUCAAUAAUGUUCGUUACAUUUACCCAAUAUAUUUACAUCAACAUUUCGUUUAGACA